AAAAAAAUGGUAGGAGACGGGCGUUGCUUGAAUUUGAAGCAUUGGAAGGUCCGAACAACGUAUUAAGCACCUAACCCCUGCCACCCCUCCUCCCACACGCAUACCGCAUACCUUUAGAAAAUUCUCUGCGUUUUGCUUGGAAGUAAACGAAAUACUGGUAAAAUUUAAGCUUAAUGGCCAGCAGCUCAGCCGCGAACUUGGAAGAUGUGCCCUCUGUGGAUCUCAUGACGGAGCUCCUCCGUCGCAUGAAGUGCUCCACUAAGCCUGAUAGGCGCCUCAUUCUCAUCGGUCCUCCUGGAUCAGGUAAAGGUACUCAAUCACCAAUUAUUAAGGAUGAGUACUGCUUAUGCCACUUGGCUACUGGUGAUAUGUUGAGAGCUGCUGUUGCUGCUAAAACCCCUCUUGGUGUUAAGGCUAAGGAGGCUAUGGACAAGGGUGAACUUGUAUCUGAUGACUUGGUUGUUGGCAUUAUAGAUGAAGCAAUGAAGAAGCCUUCAUGCCAAAAAGGUUUCAUUCUUGAUGGAUUUCCUAGAACUGUGGUCCAAGCACAGAAGCUUGAUGAGAUGCUUGGGAAGCAGGGAGCUAAAAUUGACAAGGUGCUCAAUUUUGCAAUUGAUGAUGCAAUUUUGGAGGAAAGAAUUACUGGUCGCUGGAUCCACCCUUCGAGUGGUAGAACCUACCAUACAAAGUUUUCACCUCCCAAGGUUCCUGGUGUAGAUGAUGUGACUGGAGAGCCUUUGAUUCAACGUAAAGACGAUACUGCAGCAGUUCUUAAGUCAAGGCUGGAGGCAUUUCACAAGCAAACUGAACCAGUAAUUGAUUAUUAUAAGAACAAGGGUGUUGUUGCAGAUCUUCAUGCAGAAAAACCUCCAAAAGAGGUCACAUCUGAGGUUCAGAAAGUGCUUUCCUCAUAAAACGGGCCCCUUUUUGACUCGCGAAUGCGUUAAUUUUUCUGGCAAUUUUUGUUCUCAUAUGUAUUUUAAACAUGCUUUCACACAUGCUGAUCCUUUUGUUUCUCUUUUAUUUUGACUGCAAAUGCUGGCUAUCCUCCCUUUUUGAGGUAUUUAACAGAGUUCAAAUGGAAUAAAUAUAAAAUUACUUCGGUUUAUUUUUUA